CUCGAACGAUCCGCGGGCUGCUCUUCAAUUCUGAGUCAACCUUCGGAGCGAGUGCCCGCACGCAGAGAGGACACGGCGCUCGCGCACGCGUCAGUUUCAGUUUCAGGCAAAACGUAACGUACUUACUUACACCCGCGGUUGGUUGUUUGAACUUCGAACGCGAACGAUUCGAAUUCGAAAGUACGCGAAGUCAGGAACGAGAGCGCCAUUUUCAUAUUAAAACCGACGUGAUAUUACAUCCUAGUCGCGAGUGUGUUUCAACUGUUUUCUAUUCCAUUUAAACCGACAACAACGAGCGGAGUAAAAUGCCAUCGUUUAUCUUACGGUCGGGCAGUGACGUGGUGCGUUGUUUUUCACAUUGAUAUAGAAAAUUGAUGAUCGUAGAUACACAGAGAUAGAGCGAGAGAGAGAAGUAAUAAAUAAAUAAAUCAAGUUUCUUUUUGGUCGGUUCGUUUGUUCGACGACCGUUGACAGAAUAGAUAAUGAUAAUGAUCACGAGGGUGACGGUAGAAGUAACAACAAACGUACUAUAUCGAUCCCUCUCGGAUGAUCAAUAAUAACAUUGCAACAAAAACUGUCUCGUUGAGAUCAAUCGAGUCGAUCUUUGUCGUCUUUGCGCGAGUUGACCACAGUGACGUGCGUUAGCGAAAAGAAAUAAAAAUAUCUUCCGUCGCGAAGUGACUUGUGCCGAUUAAACUGGAUAAUCGUGAGGAGAAAGAAGUGCGCCCGGCGACGAUUGUUUGGAUAAAUUAAUAAAUCGUCAUCAUCGUCAUCAGCGAUGACUGCCGACGGAUUGUUCGAGCCAACCAGCACCCCGGGUCAUCUCGCCCCUACGCCCCAGAGGCUGGAGAGGCUUCUUUCCAAGCAGCCUCUCGAAGAGCUCUACGAAGUCGAGGAGCAGCCCUUCGCACGUGGAAAAUACGCGGCGGUAAAAAGAUGCCGGGAGAAGUCAAGCGGCAGACAAUGGGCGGCAAAAUUCCUCAAGAAGAGACGAAGGGCGCAGGAACUUCGCGCCGAAGCACUUCACGAAGUCGCGGUGCUGGACGCCGCAGCAACAUGUUCCCGCCUCGUUUCCCUCCACCAAGUCUUCGAGACGAAGACUGAAAUGGUCCUGGUCCUCGAGUUCGCACCGGGUGGCGAGCUUCAGAUGAUCCUGGACAAAGACGAAGUGCCAGAGGAGAGACAAGUAGCCAGACUGAUGAAGCAGAUUUUAGACGGCAUUGCCUUCCUCCAUUCCCUGAACGUCGCCCACCUCGACAUUAAGCCACAAAAUUUGGUCCUAACCGGAGAGUUUCCCGAAUGCGAUGUUAAACUUUGCGACUUUGGUAUUUCGAGAUACAUCAGCCGGGGAGCGGACAUCCGAGAGAUCCUCGGGACGCCCGAUUAUGUCGCUCCGGAAGUCCUUAACUACGAACCGAUAAGCCUGGCAACGGACAUGUGGUCCGUCGGUGUCCUGCUCUACGUACUUUUGACGGGAUGCUCGCCCUUCGGCGGCGACUCGAAGCAGGAAACAUUCUGCAACAUAAGCCGAUGCAGGCUCGACUUUCCUGACGACCUCUUCGAGGAUGUUUCGGAGGAAGCACGCGACCUCAUGCGCAAGCUCAUGGUUAAAGAUCCGAGUGAACGCCUAACGGUCACGGAAUGCCUCCAGCAUCCGUGGUUCUCGGCGCAUGACGGCCCCGAAACUCCUCUGGCCUUGACAACGACCUCAUCAUCAUCAUCAUCCUCCACCUCCUCCCCCUGCUCCUCGGAACCCACGAGCCCAAGUACGUCGAGCGAUAAACCAGAGUUCGCACCGAGUUCCUCGGAGCCGACGGAGGACGCAGCGAAGGAUCGAAAAACCCCGAAGGACGCGGCUGAAACGGCGCCGCAGAAAUCCGAACCGCAGACGGAAGCUUCGACGAAGUCGUCAUCGACGGUUGUUCAGCGGGCGGUGUCGUCUUACACAUGCGAGAACGUCUACAGCAAGAAGAAGAGCGGCUCGUCGACGGUGACGGGAAGCGGAAACGCGGGCCUCUCGAUGCCGGUGCGAAUCGGUUUGAGCCCCGACCGGCGGGACACCUUCAAGAAGAACAUGGACAGUCUGGCACAACGGUUCUCAUCGAGCACCGAGAUCGUGAUAAUCGAGCCAACGUCGGUCGGGCAAACCAACCGACGUGCUACAGCGACCCACACGAUGCCGGCCGGCGAGAUAUUCAAAUGCACCCCGGUAUUCAUCCUCGGGGAGGAGCAACAGUGCUGCGACAGCGGGAGCGACACGGUGUCGGAAAUGUCGACCGACAGCUCGAGCGACAGGAGCAGCAUUUACUCGGACGACUCCCUCGACUUUAUUCUCUACGGCAAGACCCAGAGCAGGGCGAGCUUCCCCUUCGUAGGCGCCGACACCGAACGCUGGGAGCAGAAACACCCGAGGAUCUGGCCCCGCGAGUGCAGCGGCGUCGUCAGCAAGGCUCUCAGCCGGUUUUCCUCGGAGCCCGGUACCACCGGGAGUAAAACUGUCAGGGCGACGCCGUCGGCGAGCAUCAGAGGCAGGGCGAGUCUCGAGGCGAUGCGGGAGAGGGGCGGAGAGCUUGUCGUCAUCAGGGAACCCGUCAGGGCUGGAAGGUACACCAGGUACAGCGAGGUACAGUGCGAGUCCGUUCAGGCGAGGAUUCGCCGGUUCCAGGUUCACGGGGCCUCGUAGAAUCCCCGGAAAGCGGAGGGCUCUUCCUGACAGGAUCUGUACAUAAAUACGCGGCGCCUUCGCGCUAGUAAGACGAGCCGCGAGGAGUUUAUACCCGGUGGAAAAGACGCCGAUUUGUCUCUAUUUCGGCGCCGACCGAUCGCCGGUAGAUGACGAGUAUUUUUAUAUACUUGCUUGCCGGGUUCGUUCGAUAGGGGAUCUACCACAUAUCCAGUUUGUUGUCAUUUAUCUCUCGAUACUCGAAUCUUUAUCUACCUGUUUCUAAUCUUCUUCUCCUUCUUCUUCGUCUUCUUUCUUCGUUUGUAUAAAUUACUUUUUGUUGAAAGAAAAGAGAUAUAUAUAUAUAUAUAUCGGUGUAUGCAAUAUACAUAUAAGAGAGUUUGCGGUCGUUUUAGCUAUUGUCAAUCUUCUAUGGUGUGAGGAUAGGUUUGUGUAGCUGUAAAAAGAGAUUGAGGAUAUAAAUAUAAACGUGUUUCUAUGGUUUACUUACGACGUAAGUCGUGGCAGCUUAAUGGCUCUAAGAUACGUUAUUAUAUCGGGAUAUUUUCUUUAACGUGCUAAAACGACAUUCGGAGAAAGAGAGUAUAAAUUAGUUAUAAAUAAAGUGUACAUCUAGGAGAAAGAGGAGGGAAGCUAAGAGACUUCGAGAAUUGACCGUAAUGAUUUAUAACAAAGGUAUCGGUUGAACGAUUUAAUGUAAAUAUCAAAUGCUCCUAGACAUAUAUCUGUAUACAUAUAUAUUUAUAUACAUAGAUAUAUAAUACGUAUUAUAUAUAAAGUUCGAUUUUUCUAUAACACGUAUAUAUUUAAAUCGCUGAUUCUGUAAGAUGUGUAAAUAAAUGAAAAUUUAUACGAUAUGAAUAUUACAUUGUGAAGAGAUGCACGGAAAAGAGGAAAAAUAAAAAUAAAAAUAUGGAAGGAACGAAAAGAAAAUAGGAAAUGAUUCACUUGGAGAGAAAGUGACAAAACUCCGUGGUCAGUCAUUUAUCAAGGUUGUCACCUGGAAUAAAAAACAUCCAAAUAAAAUAAAACCUAAUUAAAGAAAAAAAUAAAAAAAAAAAUAUAAAGAAAAUACAAAAAAUUGCAACUGUAUGUGAUUUGACAAGGGGGAGAACGGCUAUUCUCAAGAUCAUCUUUUGGUGACGAUUUUGAAACUAUUUUUCGAAAAAUCUUGUUUUCGGAGCAUGUGAUUCUAUUUGUUUUAUUUUUUUUUUUUUAUUUAUUUUUUUUUUCUUUUCAUUAAUAUUUCUUUCGCGUCAACUAAAAUUCCGAAUUGAUAUAAAAAAUUGUAGAAGCGUUUCAUAAAUGGCUGAUUCUUCGUGGUGAGAGAUGUAUUAUCAUCUACGUUUUGGGGGCAAAAUAAAUCUACCUAUUAUCUGUGAACUUUGUAAAUACAUAUUUAAAUACAAUAUAUAUUAUAUAUAACUAUCAAAUGUCAGGCUGGAUUUAUUACAGACCGACGAAAGUAUGUAUAGAAUUAACAAUAAUUAAUGUUUAUAGUUGCAAAGAGAAAAGAAAAGAAAAGAAAUAAUAGAAUAGUGAAUAAUAAUUAUGGUGCCUGUUCAUAGAACUGAUAAAACUGCCAAGUGCGAUGUACAAUAUCAUUUCCGUGAUUUUCGAGCACCGUUCGGAACCCUUUCCCGCAACGAAGAAAUAAAAAAAGAUUAAAAUUAAAAGACAAAUAGCCGUGUAAGAUUAAUAAUAAUAAUAAUGAUAGCAACAGUAAGGACAACAUCAACAAUAAUAACGAAUCCAUCGAAAAAAUGAAAGUAAAAAGUGAGGAUAGUUUUCUGUGCUUUUUAUUCCCAGUCGAAUGUUUGAUAUUCUAUAAAUCGAUAUUUCUUCACUGCUUAAUGGGUUUUGAACGAUCUCUUGAACGCAGCGAAUUUCAAGUCACGAAAUGCGCACUGAAAAUAUUGCCAUAUCUAAGGUAGAUAAUUAUUAUAGUACAGAUGGCGCAAAUCUCGCCGCCGCGCACCUUUUUCCGACCAAUUUCAUCAAUAAUUAAUCAUAGUAAUGAUAUAUUAUUAUUAUUAUUACUAUCGUUAUUAUUAGUAUUAUAUACAGACACGUAAAGAAUAAAUUUUAUCAAAUUGAAUACUUCGCCGUUUUUUUUUUUUUUUCUUGUUUUUUCAUUUUUUAUUUCUUCCGUAUGUAAACACGUAUACUUGCUACGCAUGUGUAUGUUAAAUUUGAUGAAAAAAAAAGUAACAGUGCCUGUGCCCUUUUCUUGGGCCCGUAUUACUUAAAGUUAAUUAAUGAACGAUAAGACUUGUAUCAACUAGAUAACUUUAAUAUUAAAAUUUCCAUACAUACAAAAUCUGAAAAAAAGAAGAGCUAAAAUUGGACCACGAUUUUCAGAAUAGGUGGUGUAACGUAUAUAUAUGCGUCUGUAUGUAUAUAUACGCAUAUUUCGGUAUGAUUCCACCGCAAAUGUCUCUCAACUGAUCGAUCAAAAUUGAGAGCCUAGACAGGCUUCUAGGCGUCUUUAAUUACAGCGAUAUAUGUAUAUACGUAUAUGUGUGUGUGUAUAUGAAUACAAAUUGGCGAGAGAAUAUUUAUAAUAUUUUUUAAGUAUAUUUGUGAAAUUCGGAAAAAAAAGAAGACGGAAAAACAAGAAAUGUUUCGAAUUAUUCAUCGCAACGCGAUGUACCCGAUUUAUACGAAAAAAGACAAAUAGCCUAAUGACCUUGUGUCCCUCAAAGUCGUUGUAAUUUGAAGUUGCCGAAAUUUCGCCGAUCUUGAAGAACAAAAAAAAAAAAAAAGAUUAACACAAAUCUGCAACGUCGCGAUAUAACCAAUCGUAUACCGCACGAAAAUAAUUUUCUACCAACU